ACUGAUUUAGGAACUGGAUUUUUCGAAGAACCCCAAGGAAUAUUCGAAGCUUCGUCCACGAAUUGCCUCCCACUUACGGCUUUUUUUUCGUCGAAGUCGUGUUCAUUCUUCGCUUAACGAUCUGAUGGCCGAUCUGAAUCUCUCUACGGAAUGCUGUUUCACUCUGUGGAUUACUUUACUGAACAUUUAUCCUCAUAUUGCAGGUCGCUGUUUGCUGUUCAAACAAGAUCUGUAGGUUGUUCCUACAAGUGUACGUCGUUUUCCAUCUCCACGGUUUUGCGUGGUCUAUUUCCUAGAUUGAAGCUUACAAAAUGGACGAAAGGCGGGAAGACACCGCUCAAAGGUUCUGAACUUCAUGUAUAUCGUUAUUCAAUGUUGCAGUGUUGUUUAAAGUGUUUAAGUGUAUAUGAAAGUACAGUAACAAAUAUGUUGAUUAUCUGCCACUAUCACAUUGAGCAUUGCCGAUUAAAGAUUCAUGCCCAGAUUACUCUCUGUGGUCAACAUAAAGGGCUCAUAUUUUAUCAACAAAAUCUUUCCUAAACUACAAAGAUUUACAAGACGUUUCACUCAAACCUUUGGGGUUAGUGUCAGUACGUUAGAGGUCUCUCGUGUUGUAUGGCAUAAACAUUCCAAAUGAAGUGGCCUAUCUGGAAUCACAUCAAGUUACAGCAGAGAAAUUAACCAAAAAGCAUUCUGGUAGAAUCCAUCAGCAAUUCGUUUUAAGCAAGUCUUAAAAGGUAAAUAUGCCAAAGUCACAGGUCAUUCCGUUAUUCCUGAGGUGAGUAAGGUCAAUAAAUCAGUGUUUUUUCAGUGAUACUCAUUCCUUCCAUCCUUGGUUUGAAACACUGAUGUAGGAUUAAAGAUGACACAAGUGAUCUGCGGCGAAGCUCAGAUUACAGAAGCAGUUACCAAGAUCAGGAUGGGAGAGACCGUGAUCUUGAACGCAACAUUGGUCGUGAGCUGAGCCGUUUUAGGGAUGGUCGGUCUGAUACAAGAGAGGACCGACGGAGAAGUCCAGAUUCAAGGCACAGGGCUGGACCAGAUCCAUUUGGUCGUGACAGAGAUUAUUACAAGGAAAGGGAGCGUAGCAAAGAAUCAACAAAAAGUCGAGAUAAUGGUUAUGAUAAGACCAGUUACAGCAGAGAUCGAGACAGAGAUAGGCACAGGUCUCGUGAUAGUGAUCGUUAUGAACGUGAUGGACAGGAUCGAUACAGAGAUCGUUAUGAUGAUGAUUACGAUAAAGAAUAUAACAGAGACAGGGAUUAUAAAAGGUCACGUGACAGAGACAGAGACUAUGAUAAGGCUAGAGAUCGUGACAGAGGAUAUGACAGGGAUCGUGACUGGGACUACAGCAACAAGGAAAGAGCAGGAUACAGCAGAGACUGGAGUCGGCAGAGAGGGGAUUCAGAAGAUUAUAACAGUGAUGAAGUUGUACACACUUUCCUUGUCUUUUAUGCAUGAUAUUUCAAAUUCUGAUAUAAAUAACCACUAUGAUUUACACAGAAACAACAAAACAGAACAGAAAAGACACAAUUGAACAAGAAUCUUGUGUGCAUUUUGCUUUCUAAGUACUGUAAUAGCACCAAAGAUAUGAACAGAAUGGUGAAUGAUUAUAGCAAUUAGUGUUACUUCUGUUAUUGUAACAGUAUUUUUUGUUCUUUCUUUUUUUUUAUUGAGCUGUGCAGCUAGGAUAACACCUUUCGAUUAAGAAAACAUUUUGUUUUUCAGAAUUAAUGGAAAUUCAAAUUUCUUUUACUAAACAACUGGAAACAAAAUUUUAUAUCUUCUGUUCUUCUGUGAUACAACUCUUCUUAGGUCUUGUAUGAGAAUUCAAGCAAAAUAAAAUUAAUGUUUACGGUAUUUUCUAACUUUCAACUAAAUAAUCAACAUUAUUUACAAACAGCAUGAACUCAGUGAUCGUGAUAGAGACUGGCAAGACAGGGACUAUUCUCGUAGCAGGUACUCACGACGUGAUAGAGAUGAUGAUGACAGAAAGUGGCAGGACAGUCGUCAGGAUGAGCCCACUUCUGUGGUUAUAUUACAUGGAUUGGAUAAAGACUUUAAGGAGGAGGAUGUGAGUAUGGCGGCACGCUGUGAGAAGUCAUAA